GUAUGUUCAGGAACAGUCAUUUGCUUGGAAAUAUGCGGGCAUUAAACAAGACAGUGGUUCUGGCAUUGCAUCAAUUAUUAACGGGCCGCUAUCCUUAAAAUAAUCCGCCAUGGUUAACAGACGAUAUACCGAAGCACAGAGCCAUCGGACACCAAUGUAAGGAAAUGUCGCCAUGCAAACCUGAUUCUUCAAAAAUCAAUAUGGAUGAUGUAGAAGACAGGCAUUCCGCCUUCGUCAACAACUCGAGACAUCUUAUAGAGUCCACCAAACAGAAGAUCCACACCAUGCACCAGAUGUCCGACGAGCUCCGCACCAUGACCAACCAACUGAUAGACGAAGAAAGCAAUUCUAGCCACGAACCAGAGGAAUCUGACAAAGACGAAAAGAAAGAGGAACGACGGCAGGCGAAGCCCAACACUCAGAUCAAGGUGGUGGUACCGAUGUGUACGGACGUGGCGGAUUCACCCCACAAGGCCCAUCCCAGGCGGAAACACGUCAAGAAACCGACCUCGCGCGGGAAAAAACACGGAGACGAAAGCUUAGAAGCGCUAACAAAAAAGUAUGGCAGCAAGCACAGGCAUGGAAAGAAAAUGGUCAUACUCGAUCCAAUUAAGUAUUUACAGGAGUUGGAGAAAGGAGAGCAUAAAACGGAAAGCAAUAAGGAGGAAAAGACGCCACCAAUCAAGAAGUCGACUCCGCCGCCGGUUCCACCUCGGCAGAAUACGGAAAGAGAAAGUGAAAGUAAAUGUUACCAUGGCCACGAGGUCAUGCUCCCAAAGCACAAAUCGGCUCAACAAGAAUACAUGUGUCGCGAGCAGAAGGACUCGACUAGCAUGGCUUUACCAAAGAUCGGCCAUUUUGGUAUUACCGACAACGAGACGUGUAGCAUGAAUCUUCCCGGGCGUAAAAUCACGUGCGAGAACUGUAAGGCGAGAGCCAUGAACGAACUGGAGUUUACUCUGUCCAAACAUCCCGGAGACACUUCUCCAGUGUCCAGAGACCAUGUCCAUACGUCUAGAACCGUGCACAGGCACUGCUGUGCAAAGUCGUCCAAACCAAUUCUGUACUACCAUUGCUCAAGUGAAACGUCUGGGAAGUCAUUGCCCGCGUACAUAUCUCAAACCUUACUACACAACCGGCGGAUUCUGACAUGUAACCCUCGUACUCACAUGAAAUCAGAACAACACACGUUCGAAAAACCAGUCUCCAACUUGGGAUUCCAUCCCGAAAGAUACACUUGUCCCAAAUCGGCCGCGUAUUGCUGUAUGGACGAAUUCAAACGAAAGCAGACGACGGAAUGUUUUACCCACAGGGAGAUUCUGAGACCGAACAAAGUGACCAUCCAGUCCCCUGGGUUACCAACCCUGAUCGCCAGCGAUUGUUUGCCACUGGAAGAGAUAUCCAUUGGAUUCCGUUUUCGAAUCGGCAAAAAAGCCAUGUAUAGGAUUCCUUUGGCAUUUGAGCCAGAAGAGACUGGAAAUUCGAAAGUACAUCAUUAUGAAAGUCCAAAGAGGAUAGUUCCAAGAGCCAAGACAUUUUACGGUCAAUACCGUGCAUAAGGAGGCACGGGAAAAAUCUAUGUGACGUACAUUAUUUUGCAAUCAAAUUAAAAUCAUCCCUAACCUCAUUUCUUAUAGUGCCACAAUUCUUGCUUUAACAUCGAUUAUGGUUUUAAAUAUUUUAACUUUCAACGAGUACUUGAAAUGCAUUUUAGUUCUUAAUGUCAAAUACCGUAAAUUUCGCAAGUUUUAGAAUGGCGCAAAUAUGUACAUGUACCGUCUAAGAGCGGAUCUUGUCCCGCUCUCUCUUUGAAAAGAUGGUUAAAUGUGGCCAAAAUACAUUUUUUUCAUAUAUAAUUUUUACAAAAAAAGAAAUUUCAUUUUUUUAACAGUACAAAUUUUACUGUUUUAGAGCAAGCACAUUAUUAUAGUUCGUUAGGUAUUAUAACAUCAAGGUGUUGGGAAAAAAUUGAAUAUAUUGUUCAUUUUAUUGUUUAUUUUUACAUAAAGU